AUGAAUGAAUUAAGGAAACAGUUUAUGGUUCCAUAUACUAGUCCUAUCAAAUCAGCAAUUGCUUAUACUUCUGGUCUUGGCUGUUAUGAAUUCUAUCUAAAUCGUAAUAAAGUAGAUCCAAGUCGAAAAUUAAAUCUUGGCUGGACAUCCUACGAACAACGUACUCUGUUUGCUUCAUCUGAUUUGACAGCAAAUAUCACAGCUGGCAUUAUUUUUUUCUGUCAAAAUCGAAAUGAUCGCCCUAAUUGGACUCGAGCAGGAUUUAAUGAUUCUUUAUCAGCGUGGAUUAUACCUGAAUUAAUGCCGCCAUCACUCAACAGUUCGCGUAAUGGUUCGCUUGUUCUUCAGGACAUGUUACCAAUUCGAGUUGGAUCUGAUGCAUUACAUUUUAAAGUUAUGACAGAUAGUCAACAACAAGGUUAUUUGAGUCUCAAAGAGAUAGAUGAAAUCAAAGGAACUAAAUUAACUGAUUGUGAAACACUCAAAUCUGUAGCUAUGUGGGCAUCUGAUGCAGGUGUUAGCACAUUUGACCUUGGUCAAAAUAUAGCAGGAUGGUGUCGUUUGAGAUUUCGUGGUUGA